GAGUGAAGCGCCCAUCACUUUGGACCAUUUCUCUGUGCGCAGCGGAGCUCCGGUCUGGACGCGGGCCAAGCCUGUCUGGUGUCAAACCAGCCUGAACAGAUACUCUCAGACAUCUCAUUCCUGAGACGGGAUUCUGCCCACCCCUUGUGUAAAGCAAUUUAAACCUGAUAGCUCAUCAUCUCCACUGAAAAUAUUUGCCCGGACUAUUAAGACGGUCUCUCUGCACUUUUUUCCCUCAUAUGCACUUUGCCACCGUGCAGAGGCAGAACCAGAGCCGGGCAUGGCUUUUACGCGCAAACCUCCAUCAUCCGACCGUCCUGUGAUUUAUUUUUAAUGCAAGCGUGACAUUGGACAUUAAUCAAGUUCUGACUUUUUCUAAUGUUUUACUUCUUUUUUUUCCCCGUGGAAAUGCUCGGUCCAGAUCCAUAAAGGACCAACGUUUGGUUAAUAUGAACUUAUUUCCAAGUGGAAUAUGUGUUUAUUUGUCUGUAGCAAUGUGCUGGCUGGUGGCCGAGGUCGAUGCGUCCUGGUGGUACAUGGGCACCCUGGGCUCUCAGGUGAUGUGCGACAAUAUCCCCGGCCUAGUGAACAAGCAGCGCCAGCUGUGUCGCCAGCACCCAAAAGUGAUGCAGGCCAUCGGGGCCGGGAUGAAAGACUGGAUCUCGGAGUGCCAGCACCAGUUCCGCAACCACCGCUGGAACUGCAACACCACGGCGAGGGAACACAGCCUGCUCGGACGCCUGCUUCUCCGCAGUAGCCGCGAGGUGGCCUUCAUGUACGCCAUCUCCUCAGCCGGUGUGGUUUACACGUUGGCACGAGCGUGCAGCCAGGGCGAUUUGGACUCCUGCUCCUGCGACCCCACAAAGAAGGGCUCAUCCAUGGACGCCAAGGGCUCCUUUGACUGGGGCGGCUGCAGCGACCACGUGGAGCACGCCAUGCGCUUCAGUCAGGCGUUUGUGGACGCCAAGGAGAGGAAGGAGAAGGACGCCCGGGCGCUCAUGAACUUGCACAACAACAGAGCCGGCCGAAAGGCCGUGAAGCGCUUCAUGACCCUGGAGUGUAAAUGUCAUGGUGUCAGCGGGUCCUGCAGCGUUCGGACCUGCUGGUUGGCAAUGGCCGACUUCAGGCAAACCGGCGACCAUCUUCGCAAGAGGUACAACGGCGCCGUGCAGGUGGCGGUUAACCAAUACGGCACUGGAUUUACUGCCGCGCACACGCACUUCAAAAGACCCAGCAAGAACGACCUGGUGUACUUUGAGGACUCGCCAGACUACUGCAUACGGGACAACGAGUCAGGGUCCAUGGGGACGGCAGGGCGCGUCUGUAACCGGACGUCUCGCGGCGUGGACGGCUGUGAGGUCAUGUGCUGCGGCCGAGGCUACGACACCUCGAGGGUCAGCCGGACCACCAAGUGCGAGUGCAAGUUCCACUGGUGCUGCGCCGUGCACUGCCGCGACUGCCACCAGCAGGUCGACGUGCACACCUGCAAGGGCCAGACGUGACACUAACUGACCAAUCGCAUUUAACCACAAGUCACGUGGGAUCACUGUGUGGAAACUUCUGCAGUUUUUCGACUUGUUGCGUAGCUCUCAAAGAUCCGUGUGACUUUCAAACAGUAGGUAGGUCGUUUUAGCUUCUUCAGGUAGCGCUGUGCUCCUCCUUCAGACAUGCUCUCUUUGCUGCUCGUGCUUUUCCUUCUCUGUCUCCUCCUUUCAUUUUUUUUUCUCAAACUAAUGAGAUCAAACACAUCAUCCAUCCCAAGAUCUUCAGGAUGACUAGACUAGAAAAUGUUUCAUCAACAUGUUCAAAGUUCAACGACUAACAGAAGAGUUAUACUUGUGUUUAAAACACAUCAAACAAUAUGAACUAGUGAAUAGUGCGCCUUCCAUCUUCAGCAAAAUCAGGUUUGCAAAUGUUUACUUCAUCUUCAAAGGCACAAACUCUGGUUAGACCGCAGACUGUAAAGUAAUGUUAGUGUGCUGUGGUUUGACAUCCUGGAUGUCAUCAGAUGGUUAGAUGUGCCGUCUGGGUUAUUACAAGCAUGUAUCAACUGGGAUCAUAAUUGGGGGCAAACACAACAACAGUUAUAAAGAUGUUCCAGUUGCAGCAGUUAUUACUUUACAUUCCUGUAGGUGGCGACAUCCACUCAAAGAAAUCUGCAGCUGUAAAACAGUUGGUACCUGGAGGACCAGAAUUAGAACUGGACCAGAUCCACAGCUCUGAAGACAGCUGUGUCUUAAUUCAGGGGCAGCGUCCUCAGAAGGGUGUAGAACGCUCUGCCCCGACUGAGAUGAGACACGAUCUGGUCUACAGAAGAUUCCCCGUUAGCGUCACUAGCUUGAACCAGCUCGGAAGAAUUGGCGCACAUUGAAUCCCGGGAUUCAUUGAGCCACGAAGGCUGAAGCAUAUGGAUCCUUUUGUUGGAGGGCACAUUUGUCGGCAUUAUUUGAAGGAGCCUUUAUCAUAAAGCCUUCAACGUGCUGCUGUGACAAACUCCAUCUUCAAAUGUCUUUAAAUGUGCCCUCUGAAGGACGCAGCCCCUGAAAUGGGUCAUAGCCAUCGUGUACUGCAGAUGGAUCAGAUUGGCUUUCACUGACUGUAAUCAACUGGACUUCUAAAUUGACAUCUUGAAAAGUUACUGCUCAAAAUAAAUCCAC